CUACUAGCGAUGCACCAAACUAGCCCUUCAACGUUGCCAACUAUCAGCGCAUUUUCUCGCUUGCCCGUUGAACUCGUUUCCCAAAUACUCGAAUUUGCAUAUUACGAUGAGAACUUGGAGCCUGACGUACGGCUUCUGUCUAAUUGCUCUCUUGUGUGCAAGCAGUGGUCUGCGCCUUCGCAGGCUCUUCUUUUCCGCAACGUCUUCCUCCGAUCAAGUUCUUCCUUCCUUUCCUUUCGCUCGGCUGUCGAUCCCUCCACUACUCGCGGCCAAACCCUCGGAAAUUCAAUAGUUCGCCUCCGACUUACAAUAGAUCACAAUUAUUCCGACCAACUUUCGCAUCGAGCGCUCGCCUUUGCUGUCCUCUCUUGCCCCAACCUCUACGAGCUCGACUUAUCGGUCCAUGGGUGCGGCGUCUCCGGUCUGCCUUCUAGCGGCGCCGCUGGCGCUGUCGGUGCUCAAAAUUUCCGGGCAGCGCCAUCAUUCGAUGCCGGCAUACUGGACUUACUUCGGGACGGCCCGCCUCUUCGAUCGUUGAAGUUCGCAAAUUGGUCAGACAAUGAUCAACUGGCCUUUCAACUGCUUUCGGAUGUGUGGCCCUCGCUAACGGCCGUUUCCCUGAAGGGAACACCACCUCGUUUACCUGCAUCGGAUAACGAGCCUCUUUUACCAUUUGGGUGUGCCUUGGGCGAGCUUAGGCUUGGAUUCCAGACAAUGCCGCGUGCUGACUUCGUCAGUUGGAUAAUAACGGACUCCACCCGCUCGCUUCGUUGUCUCGAGCUUGAAUCGGCCCCAGGGACGGAUUUCCUCAGGUCCCUCUUGCUGCAAUGUAGACAAUCAUUAUAUUCGCUUGCCAUGCCUUCGUGUACCUCACGCGACCAAAUAACGGCUAUCCACGGAUGCGAAAACCUUAAGGAGUUCACAUUGGACAACAGCACAACCGUCUCGAAACCCCUCCUGAAUGACCUGCCCGCAUCAAUAGAACACAUUGCGUUCACUCUAAACAGGGACACUCCACUGUUCCUAAUAGUCAACUUCGUCAAGGCCCGCCGGCAUCUUAAGGCAGUUACCAUGCACGUCUGGGAUGAUGCUGAUGCCCACCCACAGUUGCCAAGCCUGAGAAUCGUGUGUGCGGGCAAUGGUGUGGAGUUGAUUGUUUCGCGAGGCAUCCAAUGGUUUCACGAGACAGUUCGGGGCGAUCCGGUACCAUUUUCUUCGUUUCCGCGUCUCAAGGAACCCGCGAACCUGCAAAAGAUGCUCUGCAUCUCCAGGCACGCGAGGGUGGAAGUCGCGAGAAGGCCGGUGCAACAGCGUCCGCGAGCCGAGUCAGCUCCAUCUCUCCCUAUGCUCCCCGAGUUCACCGAUAGCGGAGUGCGCAUGGCUGCCGACGGUCACCGAGAGAAGUUGUGAUUCAUUUCAAGCAAAUGGAGAAGUCGAUGUACGAUAUUAUGAGCUGUUAGGGAAGAAUCGUUAACCCUACGGAAGGAAGCACCGGAUACCGGAUACCGAACAAUGAUGACGCUUUAAUGCUACUCUUUCCGCAAUGACGACCUAUACUUGUAACAUACGAAAUUCCCUUGUUCUUUCUCAACUUUACGCGUAAAACUGCCUUUUGAUAAUCAAAUACUUAGUGUCUCCCCCGAAAUUAUCCUAUUGUACUACGUACUGGGCAUCAUUUUCCCGUAUAAUCCAUAUUUUUCUUUCCACGGGUAUUCGGAUGCACAUUGUCUCUCCUGCACGCACAUCUGUCGAGGAUCGAACACUUUGGCUUUUAUUCACAUACUAUUACACAGCUUUACCCGCGUUCCUAGUUGAUAACCCCAACAUGUACUUUUACAGCCUUUCUCCUACUUAACACCGUCCCUAGUAUGUACUUCCGCUCGAACACUCCGUGCAUCCCG